CAUACAGGAUGGCUGGAACUGCUCACCUUGUCAUAAGACUGCUGUUGUUUUCUUUAAUCACGACAGGUGUAAAUGCAGAAGACGGUCUGAUACUUGCUGAACAGAAUUAUCAAAGUUCUUCUCCAUGUGAGGAAGGUUUAGUCUGCUUUCCUGUAUUGCAGUUCAACAGUAGCCAAACAAGUGAUUACUUUGCUAUUGUCAGUGAUGGAGGGAUCAAAACAGCUACAUCAGAAGACUCAAAAUGCACUCUGCAAAUCACAGCGGAGGAUGUUGGACUUCAUCGCUGCCAACAAUUGCCAGAGGUUUUUUCACCUCUCAACACCAUCCCAGAGUUAAUCCUCAUGCCUGGCAAAACAGUGUCGCUGCGGUGCAUUUACUUCACCUACUUAGAGCCGUGGCAUUGCUAUACACAUCAUCGCAAGGUCAAACUGACAUGGGUGGAUGAAUCCGGCGCUGAGAUACAAGAGGACUCAGAACAACCAAUAAAAAGGGAGUCUUCUUGUGAUAUAACUCUGACUGUCACCCUUCAAAGUCCUGGAAACAAGAAGUUUAAAUGCAAAGCGUUUGUGGAUGGACAGGCCCAGACUUCAGUGGAGUUGGGGGUCCGAGUCCCAGCUCCGAAAGGGAGGGGAAGAGGUCUUGUCAUAGACCUAGAACCUGAAAAUCAAGGUGGAAACCAGAACACAAUCGGUUUGGCUGUUGGAGUGGUGGGAUGUGCGGUUUUGACAGCACUUGUUUCAUUGUUUAUUGUGAACAGAAGAAGAACAAUGAGACGGCAGGUGGAUGAGUCCUGUUACACAAUCAGUACAAACAAUGUCGUGAACGCAGACGAUGUGAUCUACGCUGACAUUAUUCUUCCUGUUAGCCCAGACAGAUUGCAGGUCCAUGAUUGCGAUUCCACUGUGUACGCCUGUGUCCGAUACAAAUAGUCUGCUUACCAAACGGCAAAGUGCUGUGCAUAUUUUUGUUACUGAGCUCCGUGCUACUGCAGUGUUUCCCCUAUAUGGGCCAUUCUACCGAAUUGGACCAAAGUCAGGUUGGAAUUUUUUUGA